AUGGAUGCUUUUUUUAAAUGUUGUAAAAAUAAGGAACUGAACAACUACUUCUGUACAGUACGUUUCAAUGUAUUCCAGCGUUCAAGUAUAGAACGAAAAAAAUACUUCAAAGAACUAGGUGAUAGUAAAAUAUACUGUUCAGAAAAAUGUGAAAAUGAACAUGUUAAUGACAAAGAUAUACAUAUUGAAAGAUUAAAUAAAAAAACACAAGAUUUUGAAGAUGAAGCCAUGGAAAUGGAGAAAAAAAAAGACUAUCAAAAAAUUAAAGAACAAAGUGAUACCAUAAAAAUGCUGAAUAAGGAAAUCAUUGAAACCCAAGUAAGGAUGUUAUCUCAUGAAACUAAAUUAAUGAAUAAAAAUAACAAAAUAAAAUGUUUGGAACAAGAAUUAAAAGAUUUAGACAGUGUGGGCAGAAAUAUGGUCAAUGCAAUAAGAAUAUUAGAAGAGGAAAAUAAUCAGUACUAA